UAGUUUGUGUCACUAUAAUCCAAUCCAUUAGUCUAUCUUGCUUACAUCUACUGGCGGCUCUUGUGUUGUAUCAUAUUUAUUCGUAGUAUUACAAAAUUUCAUUCAUUUUAAUUGAAAAAUUACCUACCACGGCACAGUCAAAUAGUUCUUAAUUUAGUUUUUUUUUAAGUUUACGUGCUGCAUAAAGUUUAUAUCACUAAAAUGGCUGAGCAAAAAGCUGACAUUGCCCUCAUCGGCCUAGCUGUUAUGGGCCAAAACCUUAUUCUGAACAUGGACGACCAUGGUUUUGUUGUCUGUGCCUAUAACAGAACUGUUGCAAAGGUUGAACAUUUUCUCCAAAAUGAAGCAAAAGGAACAAAAAUUAUUGGUGCAAAUUCUUUAGAAGAUAUGGUUAGCAAAUUGAAAAAGCCACGAAAAGUUAUGUUACUUGUUAAAGCUGGGUCAGCAGUAGAUGAGUUUGUGAGGAAUCUAGUCCCCCUGCUGGAAAAAGGGGAUAUAAUCAUUGACGGUGGUAAUUCUCAGUACCUGGAUACUCAAAGAUGGUGCAAGGAGCUCCAGUCAACAGGAAUCCACUAUAUUGGCAUGGGUGUGAGUGGCGGUGAAGACGGCGCCCGCUAUGGGCCUUCGCUGAUGCCCGGCGGUCACCCUGCUGCCUGGCCUCACGUUAAGCCAAUAUUUCAGGCCAUAAGUGCAAAGGCGAACGGCGAGCCAUGUUGCGACUGGGUGGGCGAGGAUGGCGCCGGUCAUUUCGUGAAGAUGGUCCACAACGGAAUCGAGUACGGCGAUAUGCAGCUCAUCUGCGAAGCGUAUCAUGUCAUGAAGGAUAUUCUUGGUAUGGAACAAAACGAAAUGGCGGCGGUAUUCGAAGAGUGGAACAAGGGCGAGCUGGACUCUUUCCUGAUAGAAAUCACGAGGGAUAUCCUCAAAUUCAAGGACGACGAUGGCAAGUACCUCCUGCCGAAGAUCAGAGACACGGCCGGUCAGAAGGGCACCGGCAAGUGGACGGGCAUCGCCGCCCUGGAGUACGGAGUGCCGGUCACGCUGAUAGGGGAGGCUGUCUUCUCCAGAUGCCUCUCGGCUCUUAAAGACGAGCGCGUGAAAGCGAGCCGAAGUCUACCUGGCUCCAAUUUGAAGUUCAGCGGGAACAAGGAGUUCCUGGAACACCUCAGGAAGGCACUCUUCGCCAGCAAACUCAUCUCAUACGCCCAGGGAUUCAUGCUUCUACGCGAAGCUGCCAAGGUGAACGGCUGGAAUCUGAACUACGGCAGCAUAGCGCUGAUGUGGCGCGGCGGCUGCAUCAUCAGGAGCGUGUUCCUUGGAAAUAUCAAGGACGCGUUCACAAAAAAUCCACAGCUAUCCAAUCUUCUAUUGGAUCCGUUCUUCAGCGAACGUAUUAGCACUGCGCAGGCGUCGUUGAGGCAGGUUGUCGCUCAAGCCGCUUUAGUCGGCGUUCCCGCGCCGGCCUUCAGUUCCGCGCUCGCCUUCUACGACGGCUACCGAGCGGAAGUGUUGCCGGCUAACUUGUUACAGGCUCAAAGGGACUACUUCGGCGCUCACACGUACGAGAUUCUGAACAAGCCGGGCACAUUCGUCCACACCAACUGGACGGGUCACGGCGGCAACGUAUCUGCUACCACGUAUAAUAACUAAUCUAUAAUACCACGACUUCUUGCUGGCGAUAACCUCGGGUGCAUCUCUCUGGAGGGGAGCCCGGGGUCCGCUUUUUGUUGUAGUAUAAACUUUAUGCUAAAACCUUACGAGAUUUAUUUAAAAACACUGACGUAUUUUCUUAAUAUAGAGAACUAGAUGAUUCAAUCCCGUGGGUACUCCGCAAUAAAAAGUAAAAAGCCUAUAUGUUAUUCCGGGUCUUCAGCUACCUACAUACCAAAUUUCAUCGUAAUCGGUUCUGUAGUUUUUGUGUGAAAGAGUAACAAACAUCCAUACUGACAUGCUCAUAAACUUUCGCAUUUAUAAUAUUAGUAGGAUAAAUGAUUGUUCUAUUUCUAGGUGUUUAGAAUGUGCAGUUUCAAAAGAAAUUUAUUGGUUUAAAUAUACGGAUUUUUGAGUUUAAAUAUAAAUCGAAUUGAAAACCUCUUCCUUUUCUGAAGUUGGUUGAGAAAUAAGAAUGCCAUACUAUAAUGAGUUCAUAUUUAAAGUCGACUAUUUAACAAUAAAAGCUCUGUCUAACCUAUCAACUUUAAUUUUUUUCUUAAGGCGAAGGUCUAAUUUAAACGGCCCUAUGAUUUUUUUCAGUGAUUCAAGAAAUUUUUCAUUUAAUAUUAAACCAUUUGUGGCUCUGUCCGUGUGACGCAAUUUAUCAAGCGGAUUUUCGUAAAUUAGUAUUCUACGAAAUAAAAAAACUAAUUAUUUCAAGAUAAAGGGGGCCUAAAUAAAAAAAAAAUCUUAAUAAUUUGUAAAUUUAACAGUAGUUUAAAUUUAGUCGAGCAACGCAAAAAAGAGCUGUAACAUUAUGUGUUAAAACUCAUUUGCUAAUCUGCUCUCUCAUCAUCUAAAUAAUGCUGUUAUGUUGUCAGUGUUUUUAAAUAAAUAUAAAAUAAUUAAGAAAUAACUCGUGAUGGUGACACCCACACCGUAUUUAUUAUCGGACACUUUAUUCAGCAAAAUUGUUUUGAUUUAAAUUAAUUGGUUGACUCUCAAGAUUAUCUAAAAAUGAUAACAUAAAAGUAAUCAUAUUUUUUUUAAAACCAAAUGAUACAAAAAAGAAUAAAACGCGUUCGUUAUACUUUUUUAUAUUGUCACUGGUCUUAAGAUAAUAAGUCGUAUCUUUUGCAUUAUGUUAUUCUAAUAUUUAUUCACUGCUAAUAACGUUAUUGUUUUUUGAUUACAAAAUAUUUAUGGUAUAUGUUUUUUAAAGUUUUUGAGAAUUUAUAAAAAAAAGGACUUCGUUUUGUUAUUGCUGUCUGCACACUUUGAUGGAAAAUUAUUAUUUUAUUAAUAUUUAUAUGGCAGUAGCAUUUUAAGAAAUAAUGUGAUAUAAACGUUUAAAGUUUUAUGUCCAAGACAUUCCUUUGUAUGCUUUUGCGUUGUGGUCGUUACUUAUUUUAAGUGGUACAAAGUGUAAUUAACAUUCCUAUUAUAUCACUAGGUGGUUGGCUGUUAGUAUUUAAAUAAUAUUGUGACAAUAAUGUGCUUCCUAUUUUUGGAUGUGUUUUUUAUUAAAAAUAAAUAUUUACUUGA